AAUGGCCGGCGAAGGAGAUGAGUGGCCAGCGAUAGGGAUUGAUCUGGGGACGACGUACUCAUGCGUGGCAGUGUGGCAGCAUGAUCGAGUGGAGAUCAUAGUGAAUGAUCAAGGCAACAGGACGACGCCGUCUCAUGUUGCCUUUACUGACAAAGAGCGCUUGGUUGGUGAAGCAGCCAAGGACCAGAUCGCCAGAAACCCCACUAACUCUAUCUUUGAUGCAAAGCGGUUAAUUGGUAGAAGAUUUAAAGAUUCUUUAGUUCAAAAUGAUAUCAAGCUUUGGCCAUUCAGGGUCAUUGAAGGUUCUACCAAUAAGCCUAUGAUUGUAGCAACUUAUAAGGGUGAAGAGAAGCAUUUUGCUGCCGAGGAAAUUUCAGCCAUGGUCCUUGAAAAGAUGCGUUACAUUGCCGAGGCCUACCUUGGUAGAACCGUGAAAAAUGCUGUAGUCACUGUCCCAGCUUACUUCAAUGACUCACAGCGUAAGGCCACAAAGGAUGCUGGAGACAUUGCAGGACUCAAUGUCAUGCAGAUAAUCAGUGAACCAAUGGCAGCUGCCAUUGGUUACGGUCUUGAAAAUGUGGGCACUGAUAAGAGAAAUGUGUUGAUAUUCGAUUUGGGUGGUGGUACUGCAGAUGUCUCACUACUUACCAUUAAUGAUGGUACUUUUAAAGUGAAAGCUGUCGCGGGAGACACUCACCUCGGAGGUGAGGACUUUGACAACAUGAUGUUAAAGCACUUUGUUGAAGUAUUUAAGAGACAAUACAAGGAAGACAUUAGUGGAAAUCCUAGAGCUCUGAGGAGGUUGAAAACUGCUUGUGAGAGAGUAAAGAGGAUUCUUUCUUCUGCAACUGAGACUACCAUUGAAGUUGAUUCUUUAUACAAUGGUAUUGAUUUCUACUCAAUUAUUACCCGUGCAAGAUUUGAGGAACUUAAUAUGGACUUGUUUAGAAAGUCUAUUGAGCUUGUGAAGAAAUGUCUGAGUGAUGCUAAGAUGGACAAGAGAGGAGUAGAUGAUGUCGUUCUUACUGGUGGUUCUUCUAGAAUUCUCAAGCUUAACAAGAGCAUCAACCCAGAUGAAGCUGUGGCUUAUGGAGCCGCUAUUCAAGCUGCAAAGAUGGCUGGUAAGGGUAGUAGGAAAGUUCAACAGAUUGUGCUCAUGGAUGUCAACCCUCUAUCCCUUGGAGUGGAGUUAAUCGGAGGUGAGAUGUCUGUUGUGAUUCCGAGGAAUACAGUCAUUCCCACCAAGAUGGAGAAUAACUACACCACCUCCUAUGACAACCAAACUGCUGUUUUGUUUCCAAUUUACGAGGGUGAGAGAGCGAGAGCUGUGGAUAACAACUGGUUGGGAGAAUUUAGGCUUUCCCCCAUUCUUGCAGCACCCAAGGGUGUCGCUAAUAUGAAAGUAUGGUUUGAGAUAGAUGUUAAUGGUAUCUUGAAUGUUUCUGCUGUGGAGGAGACCACUGGUGUAAGUUGCAAGAUCACCAUCACCGAUUACAAGGCGAAACGGUCCAAAGAAGAGAUUGAUAAGAGAAAACAAGCCCUGGAGAAAACAAACAAUUGA